GAUAAUAAGGAAGUCAUUCGGCAAAUGGUUUAAAGCUCAUGCACGUAAACAGACAAAAGCUACCUUCGAAAAAAGAUUCAUUUAAAAGUUAUGAGAAAAUGGGAUAUUUUAUGAUAUUCGUUCAACUAAUGUGCCUUUUGAUGCAAAAUACAGUCAGCCAGAAAUUGCUUAACACUGACGAUUGCAGAGAAGAUAUAAUGGAAAGAUUUUUCUUCAGAAAUAUGCUUCAAGACAUAAGCGCAUCGAUGAAUAAAAUCAUAAAGGUUUUGGACAAAAGGUUAAAUGCACUCGAGUCUAGAGUUUGUGACCCAGACUGGACAUAUUUUCGUCAGUCUUGCUAUAUCUUUUCGCUGGAUACAGCGACAUGGGUGAACGCACAGCAAAAAUGUUCACAAUAUGGCAGUUCACUGGUGGAAAUUGAAGGUGAAGAAGAGAAUAACUUCAUUGUAAGCAUUCUCGGGUUGCAUCAGGGGGAAGAUACUUAUCCAUGGAUUGGCGCUUCGGAUAUGGUAACAGAGGGAAAGUUUGUAUGGAAUUCUACAGGACUACCGUUACAAUUCAGUUUCUGGGCGGGAAAUGAACCAAAUGACAUAGAUAGCUCUGAAAAUUGCGUUCAUGCAUAUACUAGAAAAGAUAUAAUAGGUCGAUGGAAUGACCGUAACUGUUUUAUGACUAGUAGUUAUAUUUGUGAAAUGAAAAUUAUGUAAAUUA